CCGCCGCACCUCUCUCUCUUCCGUACAUCUCUCUCUCUCUCAAGCCGCCGCCGCCAGCCAUCCUCCACAUCCGCCGCCGCUGCCAACCAUCCUUUCCGUCCGCCGGCUCCCACCAACCAUCCUUCCCAUCCGCCGGUUCCCACCAACCACGGCGACGGCGGUAGCAGCCACGCAGGAGGGCGGCGGAUCAGCCGCGCUGGCGAUGGCGUUCGUGGCGGCGGUGGAGGGCGCGGCCGCGGCGCUCCGUCCGGUGCUGUCGUGCGCGCAGCAGCGGCAGUGCGGUUGGGGCGCGUGGUGGCGGUUAGCAAGACGAAGCCCGUGGGCGUCAUCCACGGCAUGUGCGACGCCGGCCACCGCUGGUCCAGGAGGAGCGCCCCCACCCUCUCCUCUCCUCCUCCCCUCAUCACAAGCCAGGACAAGGAGGGCCACCGUGGCCGAGCAGGUCAGGUGGCGCGUCCAGAUCGCCGAGGAGCUGCCCACAGGUUGGCCAUGGCGCGACCGAGCAGAGCAGAUUUGAAGGAGUUGCCACUUAUCCACAGCAAUGAUAGCAUCAAAGAGUUGAACCGCAGCAUCGAGAAACAUGAGCAACGUCACGACCUUGUAAUAUCAGUUUUGUUAGAGCCUGGAACUCCUCAAGGGUCAAAGACUAUAAGACAAAUGCGCUCAUGUAUCCUUUGGAUGGAAAAGAGAAAGUGUCGCAAGAGCAAAAAAUCUGCAGGUGCCGCUCCAAGUAAAAUGAAGAGCAUGGUUGUUCAAGAAGAUUUGCUGAAAAAUGGUGCCUUCGUGGUUGCCCCGUGUGAGAGCGAGUUGCAUGUUGUAUGAACUAAGCGCAAAUUCAUAUUGGUCGGUUUAGCAGCUCGCUUGCAUUGACAGUCGACUGUGUGUAGGCGUGCUGCCAUAUCUGAGGCUAUAAUACAACAUUUUGUAUUUCUCAUGGAAGGAUGUGCCUGUGGUCCUUAAGGAUGUGGUUCACGGGGUUUGACUAUGGUUUGAUUGUCAAAUCAAAGGUCCCAGGUGAACUUCUGCUACUUUUGGUCUUAUCUCUCUACGUCUCCCCUUACAAUGAUUCAUAUUUUUCUGCCUCCAUUUUGUUUCUACAGACGAUGCAUUAUCUCUUUGCCAUAGUUACCUUUUUUUGUCCCCUGCAUAUCCAAAUCGAAAAAUACUUGUGGUUUGGUACAGUUGUAUUGCAAGUCGAAAAAUAUUGUAUGUGUUAAUAUCCGAUGGUCCAAGUUGAAAUUCAGUUUAUAUUAUUCAAUAUGCAUUCUAACAAACAUCUUGUGUUUGGCAUCAUUCUAAAAAUAUUAAGUUCUGGUGUUAAUCGCAAGCAAAUAAGGGUAAGACACAUACCAUUUAUAUGUCAUUAAACUUUAUCACAAUUUCUAUGUUAUUCUAUUUUACCUCUGGUACUACAUUGUGAUCUUUCAAGGAAUUACUGCUUCCUUUCUGCCCCUGGUUUUCUUUUUCUAGGAUAUUGUAGCCUCACUAGGAUGGAUUAAGAGUGUCAUCUGCUCCCUUUCCCUAAUCAAAUAGGACUUCCAAACUAAUGAUACUUGCACUCCUUUUUAUCUGUUGAUCUCUUUAAUUCUGAUUACAACUUAUGUUUCACAAAUAUAUGCAGGUUUCUACUCUUUUUCAGUGGUCCUUAGUUGAUCUCUUUGAUUUUUGAUUACAGACUGUCUCUCUGAUUGUAAGUGAUUAUGGUGUUGUUUGUAGUUGGCACUUCUCAUUUCAGAAAUCAGCUAUCCUGGUAUUCAACCAUGUGAGUUUAGAGAGAACAACCAAAGGAGGAACAAGCUCAAGACAUGUUUAGCAGCUUCUGCUAAGUAAGUAUCCUUAGAACCUUCAACUCCAAAUAAAACAAAAAUUCAAGAGUAUGUUCUUCACAUAUGAAAUAGAUAGAUGCUGGCAUGCUUGCUGCAUCUGAUGAGAUUGUGGAUCAAGAAGUUAAUGGACAUGCUUGUGAAUCAUGGACAAUCUCGGCCUGGUAUUGUGGCUCGAGUCUGAGCUCUUGCUUGGCUUUAGGUGCAAACAUGGACCUUCAGUUCACCUAGAACAAGAAUCAAAUCCUUGUGUCAAUUGCUGUUGUGAUAGGAGGCCCAUUGCGUAUGACCAUGAUGUAUGCAUUCACUCUGGGAUCUGAGAAUAAUUUGUUGAUCCUGUCUGAAAGAUAGUGGUUCGAUAGUGAAUUUAUCCACUUAUUUGUUGAUUUUUUUUUCUUUUGUUGUGUUAUGUAUGGAGAUGCAGAUUCUCAGGCUUCAGGUUUUAGUUUUGGUAGUUCGAGUGCUAUUGGUUAUGUUGUUGUAACUGGUCCUUGAUCAGCAUGGUGACUGAAGGGAUGACUCUUGAAAAUUAAGAUCCUUAUUAUGAGAUUGAGGCGAUGUAAAACUAUGUGCUCUUGGCAAAAUGUGUACUGACUUUAUUUGUUUUGGAUUUGGUGGGUUGGACCAAGGCUCUUAUA